AUGAAAAGAUGCAUUGCUGCCGUCCUGCUGGUACUUUCUCUCGCCGCCGGGCGUCUCGCCGCCGACGACCAUGUGGACACCAUUCGUCUUCCGAGCAACGGUCUUGCCGAUGAAGUAGCGACCGCGGCAACGGAGAUCGGCGCCGAGAAGAAGAGGCCGUGGAAGUGCUGCGACAGCCCGUUGUGCAGCAGGUCCAUCCCGCCGCGGUGCCGCUGCAUGGACGCGGUGGAGCAGUGCGACGAGGCCUGCACCCGCUGCGAGGCGUCCAAGUCCGACCCUUCCAAGCGCAUCUGCAACGACCGGUACCAUGGCUGGCCCGGCCCCAACUGCACCGAGCCCGACGCCGACGACGUCCCAAGUGGUGCAGGUCCGGUGGUCGUUGCUCAUCAAGAAACGGUGGCGGAGGAGACGAGGCCGUGGGGGAGGUGUUGCGACCGGCCCCUGUGCACCAGGUCCGUCCCGCCGGCCUGCCGCUGCCUGGACAACGUAGACCGGUGCGCCCCCACCUGCAAGAGAUGCGUGGUGUCUAUCUUUGACCCGACCGACCACUCCUGUGACGACAUCUAUCACGGUGAACCCGGGCCAAGGUGCACUAGGGCCGACCGCAACGGCGACAUCUCCAGUGGUGUUGUGGCGGUGGCGGCAGCCGCAGAGAUAGCCGUUAGCGACAAGAAGAGCAUUGUCGGCGGCGAGGAGAAAGCGAGGCCAUGGAGGUGCUGCGACGAGCCCAUAUGCACCAUGUCGUUCCCGCCGAUCUGCUUCUGCCGCGACAGGGUGAAGAAGUGCGCCAAGACCUGCAACAAGUGCGACCAGGAUGAGUCGGACGCUUCCCGCCACGUGUGCGGCGACUCCUACUUCGGCUGGCCUGGGCCAAGGUGUACCAAGCCAAACGACGACGACGAUGUCCCAAGUGGUCCAGGGGUCUCUGCUCAAGCGACGGCGGCAGUGGCGAGGGUCGAGACGGCGGCAGCGAUGAUGGCUGUUAGCGAGGAGCUCAACGUCGUCGACGGCGAGAAGGCGAGGCCGUGGAAGUGCUGCGACCAGACACUGUGCACCAGGUCUGCCCCGCCGACCUGCUUCUGCCACGACAAGGUGAAGAAGUGCGCCAAGACCUGCAAGAACUGCCUCAAGGACGACUCGGGCACUUCCCUCCGCGUGUGCGGCGACCCGUACUUCGGCUGGCCCGGGCCCAAGUGCACCAAGGUCUAG